GCAUUCGGUGGCAUGAUUUAGAAAGAGGAGAGAAGCUUCCCAUCCCCCUAAUAUGGCACCCCCAAACGAGCCAUCGUGUCUGGAAUCUACAAGCUCUCAGCCGCCCUCAUCCGUAUCAGAAACCCCCUUUCAGGAACAAGGAGAGAAAGAGAGAGAGUGAGUGAGAGAGAGAGACCGAGACCGGCCGGCGGAGCGUCUGUGCAGAGAGCCUCAGUCGUAGACAGAUAGGGUACCGCGGCUGCAGUGGAGCUCCGUCCGGUCCUUAGCGCACUUUUUGGGGGAACAUGUCAGCCAGACCGGGGUACUAUCGGCAGGAGCUGAACAAGACAGUUUGGGAGGUUCCCGAGCGGUACCAGAACCUGACUCCCGUGGGCUCGGGGGCCUACGGUUCCGUAUGUUCAGCCUAUGACGUGAGGCUGAGACAGAAGGUGGCAGUGAAGAAGCUGUCCAGGCCGUUCCAGUCUCUCAUCCACAGUCGUCGUUCCUACCGGGAGCUCCGUCUGCUCAAGCACAUGAAGCACGAGAACGUAAUAGGGCUCCUGGAUGUCUUCUCCCCUGCUGCCUCCCUGGAGGACUUUAAUGAAGUCUACCUAGUGACCAAUCUAAUGGGGGCGGACCUCAACAAUAUCGUUAAAUUCCAGCGCCUCUCCGACGAGCAUGUUCAGUUCCUUAUCUAUCAGCUGCUACGAGGGCUCAAGUACAUCCAUUCAGCCGGACUGAUCCACAGAGACCUGAAGCCCAGUAAUGUGGCCGUGAAUGAGGACUGUGAGCUCAGGAUCCUUGACUUUGGAUUGGCCAGACAGACAGACGAUGAGAUGACUGGAUACGUGGCCACUCGCUGGUACAGAGCCCCUGAGAUCAUGCUCAACUGGAUGCAUUACAAUCAAACAGUGGAUAUCUGGUCAGUAGGCUGCAUCAUGGGAGAACUUCUGAAAGGGAAGGUCUUGUUUCCAGGCAAUGACUAUAUCGACCAGCUGAAGAGAAUCAUGGAGGUAGUGGGCACGCCGACACCUGAUCUCCUGCAGAAGAUCUCCUCUGAACAUGCUCAGAAAUACAUCCAGUCACUCCCCUUCAUGCCUCAGCAGGACUUGGAGAAGAUCUUCAGAGGAGCCAACCCGCUGGCUGUGGACCUCCUGAAGCGUAUGCUGGUGUUGGACUGUGACGGCCGUAUCUCGGCCAGCGCUGCCCUGUCCCAUCCCUACUUCUCCCAGUACCAUGACCCUGACGACGAGCCUGAGGCCCCACCCUACGACCAGACGCUGGAGAGCAAGGACCGCACUCUGGAGGAGUGGAAGGAGCUGGUGUUUGAGGAGGUGAACGGGAUCAAGCCACCCGUCAGCAACACAGACAACCUUCAGGUGGAGCCGUAAAAUGCCCCGCCCCUUCCUGCUCUGCCACUUCCUGCUCCGCCCCUCUCCCGCCUCCUGAAGAAGAUCCGCCCCCCUUUGUCUCUGCCUGUCCUUCAGUCAGCCAGGUCUGGGAGGAGCCGAGAGAGACUGCGAGCCAAUCAGAGACAACGCUGUAUCCCAGGGCAUGCUCUUCCCCCUCCCUGAUGAAUGUGAUUAUUGGUCGGUUUGACUGUCCGUCAGGAGUGAAGUGUGAAGGGGGCGGGGAAGAGGCGGUUUGCAUUUGAACAUGAAGGGAUGAGAAUUAUACGCACAUUACGAUUACAGGGAAAGAAGUUUGUAUUUUCAGAUUGGUGUUGUAAGUCAGAAAGAGUGUGAGAGAGUGAGAAAGAGAGUGAGAAAGAGAGACAGUGAUAAAGAGAGACAGUGAGAAAGAGAUUGAGAAAGAGAGAGUUAGCAAGUAGCACUAGCAUCCAAACUUACCUAUUCUAGUUUUGUCCAAUAGAUGUCCCACCAGAAUUAAGUAUCAAGCCACUCCAAUCCUUUGUAAUGGAGAUGGUCAUACAUUACCAUAUUACCACCGUAACUGUUCCACUCAGUGGACUUGCAUGAAACAAUAUCAGUGAUUUAUAACUUUCUUUCUGUCAUCAGUAAACGUCGUGGCAGCAAGGUAGAACAGCAUUCUUACCAAAGGUUCAGAGUUGGAGUGUUGCUGAGGAUUCCGACCCAAUUAUGUCUCUGAUGUUUAAACUGUAGCAUAGAACGCUCUUCCACGCAUACAAACCACACCACAACCCACAGUUGCCGAAUCAUCCCCUUGCAGUCAUUGAAGACCUCCAGAUGAUAUCUGUUUACUAAAAGCGCUCUGAGAAUGAGGUCUCACCUGAGGAGAGUCGGAUUGUUGGCUACAAUCGUAGCGCUGGUCGUGACUUGUGGUAACAGUGUCUAAGGUCUUUCAGAUUGUAGCUGCCAGUCACUCAGCGACUCACUGGACUUGGUACAAGCUCAUGGACACCAGAAGCUCUGGAGCUCCAGGGACAAAGGUUAUACAGGUCCAUGACUUUCAGCUGAGGAGGUUCAACUCUGGAUGGAGUUACCAUGCAGUUUCAGAUGAAUCAUGUCUGACUAGGAUUCCCCCUGAGAGGGCUUUAACAGAUGGAACAGCGACAACAACACCAUAAAGACAAACAUGAUCGGCGGAACUAACUGGCCACUAUCACACACACACCCGGAGUGAAGAGUUGAAUCUGAGGAGUUGGCAUUAUAAUGGCACAAGAGGCAUAUCGCCAUCUACUAGUUUUUGAACAAUAAAAGAAGAAGCUCCCAUAUCAUAGCACAUCCAUUGCAUAUUUUGGAUCUAGUAACAUGCUCUGGGAUCGCCUGUUAUGUAUGUAUGUAUUACUACAGCCACAAUCACACGCCUCACUUACAGUAAUACAUCUGUCAACUAAGAUCACGUCUGCGCAGGACGGUUGAUGUUGUACGAUAUGUGUGGUGAACCAAAUUUUGAUGUCAUAUAUCUGAUGGAUGUGAAAACAAAAUGAAUGUUAACAAAUGUGUACUUUCUAGAAUGUUUGUGUUGAUCAGAUGGCGGCAUGAACCUCAACAGUGAAAUGGCUGCUUAAUGGAUUUACAUCACUAUAACCAAAUGUUUGUUUCCUUGAAUGCCAAAUCAACUCACACAGGAGGGUAAACAAACCUAACAAAUGUCUUUGUUACAAAAAUCAUAUCACUGGACUUUUAGUGUAAGCCGAUGGGACAUGGCCUAUGGCAUAGGUCUAUACAGUGUGUGUGUCUGCUUUGCAUGUCUUCAGCAGGUUCUUCCAGCCAGCAAAAGACUCCCUCAAAGCCUGGAACUCUUCAAAUUGACUACCAUUCUGCUCCCCUCAAUAAAAACAAAGUUC